AUAAGGGCAGGUAGAGUAUAAUGAGCUGUGAGUAUAGCCAUCAUUUAUCACGUCUUGAAAAUGGCAUCCAUCGUCGUGAGCUAAAUCGGUUUACAAAAUUAUCAACAUAAUAGUGAUUAGCCUAAGUAUUUUUGCUGCGACGACGCUUCAGACUAUACAUACAAAUUUAGUAUCUACUUUGAAAUCGGUGUCGAGAUUUUUUUUUAAAGAUUUCGUGAUAGAAAAUGUCGACCAGAAGUGAAAUAUCGAUGUAUUUUUUAGUUUUAUUGGUUUUGAAUUUUGGGGCUAUUCGCGAUUGUGAAUGUCACAAUGUUCUCGCUCCUUAUGCUUGGAGAGAAGUGAAUUUCUUGUACCCCAGUGAGGCUGAACGGGCCGAAGCUAUCGCGAAUGGUAAUUUUGUGCCUGCGAAUGUUCUCGUAAACGAUGUAGAUGCUUGGCCAGGUAAUAUGAAAAAUGAAAACGCCGCAGAGCAACGUGUUUUCGUCACAACUCCUAGAGUCACAAAUGGUAUUCCAGCGACUUUAUCAAUAGUGACAAAUCUGCGAAGCAAUGACUCUUUCACUCUGUCACCAUUUCCAAGUUGGGCAUCUCAGACAAUAGAUUCAGAAUGUAACGGGAUCGUCUCAGUCGAUAAAAUAUAUAUUGACAAAUGUGGAUUGCUAUGGAUCAUAGAUACAGGCGUGAUAAACGGUUUCUUCGCCCCUACCAGAUCUUGCAGACCAAAAAUACUGAUUUACGAUUUGAAAAAUCAAGAUACUUUAAUAGAACGUUACGAGUUUCCUACAGGAGUCUACCUUGACCGAAGUGGUUUCACGACCACCGUCACCGAUUCCAGAUCAGACAAUUGCAGAGACUCCAUCGCGUAUAUUGCCGAUCUAAGUGGCAACGGUUUGGUGGUAUUCGAUUUAUACCAAAGAGCUAGUUGGAGAAUAGAUCACAACUUUUUCUACGCAUUUCCUCGAUUUGGUACUUUCACGAUUGCUGGCCAAUCCUUCGAUUUGAUGGAUGGUAUCUUUGGACUGGCCUUAGGACCAAUCCAACCCUCCGGAGACCGUACCCUAUACUUCCACAGUUUGGCCAGUAUCCGAGAAAGCUGGGUAGCUACUUCAGCCAUCAGAAACUCCACUCUGGUACGAGAUCCAGACUUAAUCCGACAACGUUUCCAUCUAUCGCCGGAAUUCCGCCAAGGUCAAAGCUCUCUGGAAGUAAUGACCGAAAACGGCAUACUCAUCUAUAGCGAUGUUAUUCACAACUCAUUAGCAUGUUGGAACACAGCUACUGAGCCGAUCAAAGAGAACACCCAAGUUAUUUACGAGAGCUUCGAACAUUUACAAUUCGUCAGCGGACUCAAACUGAAAGGAGACAGCUUAUGGAUCGCUACGAAUCGUGUCCAGACUGUCCUAUCUCGUACAAAUAUCACCACAAAUACGGCCAACGAUUUCCGUAUGAGAAUUAUAGUCAUCCAAUCCAUUACAGAAUUACUCAAAGGAACCAAAUGUUUGAACCCGAUUCCAUCUAUUCCGCCUCCUCCUAAGAGAGGACCCCUGGGCAUGGGACCUCCUCCGCAUCCAGUGUACCCUAGGCCAACCUUGAUAUAAUAUUCUUAUUAAAAGUCUGGAUGGCGUUGGCUUUUAUCCUUGAAAGUAUUAUUUUCAAAAUCGACGUACGAAGGGUCUGCGGAGUUCAAAAAGCGACUACGUAAAGAAUGAAAUAACACCAGGAUCGUGAAAAUGUCGACUCUGCGAUUUUUCGUUGGAAUUUGGUAGUUUUAUCAUUUUAUCGAAUUUUUCGACUUUAAUUGGUUCCUAUGUACAUAUCAAUUUAUCGAUGAAAAUUGUUCGCAAUGUAAUAAGUAAAUACAAAAAACACAUUCCGGCGUCAUAAUCAUAAAUUAACUGAUAAUGAAGUAAUAUUCAACAUACGUGAAUAAUUGUUUAUCAAAUCGUUGUAAACUUUUCGCUAUCGCAAUCAAUAAAUGAUACAUUUUUCAAUGUAUGUAAGUA